AUGAUUCGAAGGGUACCUGCAGAUGUGCAGGCCGUUGUUUCACCACUCUCCGUCAUUCUAGCUUUGGCUAUGGUCCAAGCAGGUGCGAGGGGAAGAACAAAGACGCAAAUCAAUGAGCUGAUUUCAAAGGUGCCAAAAUGCCUUUUGCUCAAGAAACAAUUAAGCUACUUUCCAGAAGCUAACGAUCAAGCCAUCCAAAAUUUUUACUCUGAUCUUUCGAAAGAUGUUCUUAACUUUACCGAAGGAGUACAGACAAAGAUUGCAAAUGCGUUUUUCAUGGAGCAAAAGUAUGCAGCUAAGGUGGAGGCGCUUGAUUUCGGAAAACCAGCAGCUGCGGCGCAAGUAUGA